AUGUCGGUAUCGCAAAUCAUAUCGAAGGAGGACCAAACUGCCAAGUCUACAACAGACGAAGCUAGAAAAACAAUUUCAGAAAGACUUGGUCUGAAAAAAUUUAGCCCGAGCCACUCAAAGGACGCGGAAGAAUCGCUCGAAAGUAAGAUUACGGACCUUCACCUUGCGGCCGAAGAUGAAAAUCUCGCCAGAGUGGAAGAAAUACUUCUCAGCGAUAAGUCUACAAUAGACUUCCAAACCAACGAAGGAAUGUCUGCCCUGGCUAUCGCAGCUCGACAUGGGAGCGCGAACGUUGUUCAGAGUUUGUUGAAAGAGAACCCGACGCUUAAACUUCGAAACCAGAAUGGUAUGACGGCACUUCACUUGGCCGCACAGAAUGGCAAUGAGAAUAUUGUUAAGCAGCUCUUAUUGGCUGGCGAUUUUGAGAAGACAGAUCCGGAGUUAUCAAGCCUAAUAUCAAACGUCAACGUGUUGGACGACUCUUCACGCACACCUCUUUUCUUAGCCUCAGAAAGAGGAAACGCCUCAGUGGUAGACCUGUUGCUGAACAGUGGGGCAGAUUGCCGUCUCCCUGACAAGCGCGGAAUCACCCCACUUGAGAUCGCUGCUCUCUCUGGCAAGGAGGAGGUUACUAAGCUGCUGAAGCCUUCGGGUAGCAUGGAGGAAAGAUAUUGGAUUGAGUUGUCCUCUGACAAGAACCUUGAUCUUGGGAUGCUUGUAGCCGACCGAAGUGGGAUGCAGCAAGUCGGUACUCAUGUGGCCCCGCCAGAGGAGCUACUCGGCACGACACGAGCAUCCGGGUUCAGAGCGACGCUGGACGAGGUUGAAAAAGGGCAUUACGGCGACUGGGCAAAGGUUAUCGGACGCAGAUUGGCCAAUAAACUUGAAGUCGAGGCCUUUGAGGAUAUGUUAUUUGACCCUUCCGAUGAGUACUUGGCGGCCAUAACGGAGACAAUUCGUAACAAAUUCCGAUGGUCUUUUUAUAUGGUGACGGGAAUGAAGCUCGCCCGAAUCAGUGGGGUUGAAGCUAACAAAGCGUCAAUAUCACCUAUGAGCCGGGAAAAGGAGCCAAGUCAACCAGCGAAAAUCUUAAUAGCCGUUGAAUUGGAUAAAGUUAUCUUCAUGGGGCCUUCGGUUAUGAAAACCAUAUUGUUAAGAGGGCGCCAAAAGCCUCGAAAGACGGCGUUCACAUUUAAGUAA